CUAUCUGUUCUUGUCACAUAGCUUCCAAAACAAACCUAGUUAAGGAUAGAAUCGCGUAGUGAGAAAGAAUCUGUGCAAGAGUGAGAAAAUGACAAGUCGUCAGCAGAACAAACAAGAGCUUGAUGAGAGAGCAAGGCAGGGAGAGACUGUUGUUCCCGGUGGCACUGGUGGCAAGAGCGUUGAGGCUCAGCAACACCUUGCUGAAGGAAGAAGCAAGGGAGGGAAAACAAGGAAGGAACAACUAGGGACAGAAGGGUACCAAGAAAUGGGACGCAAGGGUGGGUUGAGCACCAUGGAUAAAUCAGGAGAAGAACGUGCUAGAGAGGAAGGCAUUGAAAUUGAUGAAUCCAAGUUCAGGACUUCUUCCAAUAACAACAACGACAUGUAACAGACACACACACAUAAAAAGGUUUUACAACAACCUUCGUGUGUGUUCUUAUGCUAGCUUCAAUGUGAGUUUCGAGUCUUCUCUAGGGAGAAUAGAAUAGAUUAUAAAGUGUUGUAGUAGGUCAAGGUGUCAUGUGUGUCCUGAAAUAAAUUAGCUAGCAAGUAUGAUGUUUUAGUAUUUUAGGUUGUUUUAGGUUUCCUUGUACUCGUGUCUCUCUUUUGGGUUGUAAGUGAUGAGUGAGGUAUAUGUGCCUCCCUUUCACAAGUGUUGACCAAGUUAAUGGAAUGUAUAUUAACUACA